UCCAGCUCGGUCGGUCGGUCGCUCUCUCUUUACCCUCAAUGUGAAGCAUAGAAAAAUGAAGAGGUGCAGCCGGGCUGCCCGCGGCAGGGGAUGAGCUCUGAGAGGGAGAAAAUGACCGAGGAAACCCACCCAGACGAUGACAGCUAUAUUGUGAGAGUCAAAGCUGUGGUUAUGACCCGAGAUGACUCCAGUGGAGGAUGGCUGCCCCAAGAAGGAGGUGGUCUUAGUAGGGUUGGUGUCUGCAAGAUCCAGUGCACUGAGGCCAAUGGAAGAAAUGGGUUUCUCAUCCACGGAGAAAGGCAAAAAGACAAACUGGUGGUGCUGGAAUGCUAUGUGAAAAAAGACUUGAUCUACACUAAAGCAAAUCCUACAUUUCACCACUGGAAAGUUGACAACCGAAAAUUUGGACUCACUUUUCUAAGCCCUGCUGAUGCACGAGCAUUUGACAGAGGGGUGAGAAAAGCCAUUGAAGAUCUCACAGAAGGAUCUACAACAUCAUCUUCCACAAUCCACAAUGAAACUGAAGUUGGAGAUGACGAUGUCUUCACU